GCUCAGUUCAAGAUCAUCAUUCGUAUCAAUAACAAGUCAGAAAGAAAUUUUGUGUGUGCAACAGAAAGUGUAAAAGUCAAAUAAAAAUCAUGGAAUCAUUGUCAAAACUUUUAGGCUUUCUGUUAUUGUUAUGGAUCACCGCAACGGCAAAGGCCCUGCCAGAUCCAACAUCAAAGAAUGAAGUAACCAGCUCAAAGAACAUUGUUGGUGUCGCUUCGCAAAUCAUCUCAAAUGCAUUAAUGAGAGGACAAGCCGACUCGACAUCGAAUUAUGUUUUCUCUCCAAUUGGAUAUGCAACAAUCCUUUCGAUAUUAAGUCAAGGAAGUUUUGGAAAGACACGACAGGAAAUCUCUCAAGUAUUGGAACAACCAGAUAAUUUUGAAGAAGUUGCAUCAGCUUACCGAUUAGCACUUUCUGCAUACACUGGAAACGAUUCAGAAAUUGCUCCACAAUUUAAAACAUGGUUUUAUAUUUACCGCAACAACACUGCCGAAGAAAAGUUCAAGAAACUUUUAACUGACGAUUAUUUAGUUGAGAUUAAAGACAUUGAUCGUUUCCCUUAUGAUUUCGAUUCGCCGAGAAUUGCUGAAGAAGACGAUGCUACAAACAGCAAAGAUAUUGCACAGUUUGAUGAUCUUAAGAAUACCGAACCAAAAGACGACAUGGGAAGCAUCGAUGGCUUUGACACUCUCAAGACAAAUGAUGACGAAACAUCUGCAAAAGUUGAAGCUGCAAUUGCUGAAUAUGAUAUGUUGAAUCAAGAUGAAAAGAACAAAGUUUCAAAGUUCGACAAACACGUUGAAGAUGAACAAUACGUUGAAGUCCCAGAGAUCAAGAAAGAAGAAUUGCAGAAGAAGAAAGACACAAGCGAGAAAGAACAUUUGAAGAAGAAGUUGCAAGCAAGUGAGGGACCUGAGAAGAUUAGUCUUCCUUUCAAGAAAUAUUUAGACGAUUCAGAAGAGAUAAUGGACGCAACAGAGAAUAGAAAUUUCGUUAGAAGAUUCGGUCGUGCACAGCCGCUGAGCCGAGAAGGAGACGUUACAUCAGCACUAAGCGGUAACUCAAUUGUUGGUCGAAAAGGUGGAGAUUCAUCAAGCGAAUUAGAGUCGAAAAUGUUGCUAUUUAACGGACUUUAUUUCCGAGGUCAUUGGGCUGAACCUUUCAUGGAACUUCGAUCAGAUGAUACGAAAUAUUUCCAUGCUCUCAGUGGCGAUCAAGAUAUCAAGUUUAUGUUGACUUAUGGAGCAUUUAAAUAUGCUGACAUUCCAUCUAAACAAUUAAAAGCUGUUGAGUUACCAUACAAGAAUGAAAGAUACGCAAUGUUGAUUGUAAUGCCUGAAACAGUGAAAGAUUUGAAACAUUUCUCACGUGAAUCAGACUACAAUUCAGUUAAUGAGAUUGUUGCACAAUUAGAAUCUUCUGACCUGACGCUUUAUGUGCCUAAAUUCCGAAUGGAAUGUACAAGUCGCGCUGAAAAAGCUUUGGGCAAGUUGGGAUUAACGACACUUUUCACAUCAAAAGCCGAUUUAAGUGGCAUUACUAAAGACGCAGAUAAUUAUCAGAUUGAAGAGCUUGUGCAACAUGUUGCUGUUCGUGUUGAUGAGAAUAGCAGCAGUAGCAGUGCUUUAAGCGCUGGUAAUGUUGAAGGAAGAGUGAACGCUAAAGCGAUGGAAUUUAGUGUUGACAAACCUUUCUUGUUCUACGUUCGAGAUGUUGCUCAAGACAUCAUUCUUGCAGCUGGAAAGAUUGUCGAAGUUCCAGUCGAAACUGAAAUUCCUAUAAGCUUUAAUUGAUUUUAUUGGGAAGACGAGGAGGAAUUUUGUUACUUUAAGUCACUGAUUUAAUCACUUGGAAAUUCUUUCAUUGAUUAAUCAACAUAAUUUAUUUUUAAUUAAUUUGUUUUACAAUUUUCAAGUACAUGCCUUAAUUAACUCAUAAUUAAAUUAUUGAGUUUUUAAAAAG